AUGCAACAAGCUUCUUCAAACCAAUUUCACUGGGGCAGUCCUUUGGAUCAGCUGGUAGGCGAUCUCGCCGCGGCUACAAUCUCGGCAUCCCUAGUGACUCCCGCGGUGGCCGUCAUUGAUAGAUCACUUGUCGAGCAAGCUUCCUUCAAGCAACCAAUUCUCCGCGGGCUUCGUCGGCAUGCCCUCGGGGCGCUGCGGCAGCCGGGAUUAUUUGUCUUCCAACGGCCCUUUGGGAUCGUCUGGGCCCUGUAUGCGGCAACCUAUUCCGUUGCCAACGUAACCGACACGAUCAGUCGCAAGCUUGAGAUAACAGCUGCGGGGACGAUCACUUUUGCCACAACUAUGCUGGCAAAUGUGCCAUUAGCACUGUGGAAGGACAUCCGAUUUGCGCAGGAAUACGGCACCGGCAGGGGUCCCGAUGCCAAGGCCCCGAAAGGAUGCAUGCCGCAGACCUCUGUGCCUCUCCAGAACAAGUCAUUGGCACGAGCUGCUGCAGCAGUUUUCCUUGUGCGAGACGGUGUGACUAUCUUUGGGUCGUUCACGUUGGCCCCGUGGUUGUCGAAUGCCAUCCCCGAUGGCUUGGCGACUCAUCCCCACGCGAAGCCAAUCAUCACGCAGUUGACUGUGCCUGUGUUGACUCAGUUUGUUGCUACUCCGCUGCAUUUAUUGGCAUUAGAUAUGUAUACACGGCAGUACACGAUGCCCUUUCUUGAAAGAGUGAAGUAUUCGCAGCAAUAUCUUCCCUCGUCAACUCUGUUACGUUGUGUCCGUAUCAUUCCUGCGUUUGGAAUUGGAUGCUUGACGAAUAUGGAGUUGCGAUCUGCUUUUCAUACGAGACUAUCAAGAUAA